AUGGACAAUGUACAAACACCCGAAGGACCCCCCGCCCCCCGAUCCACCCGAACCGCUCCCUGCUCCGGGGUGUUUGCUGGGUUUCGUCUUGCCCAAAAUUCACCACCAAAGCAAGACGACGACAUCCAGAUCAACAACAUGAAGCCUGCUGACUUCCAUAAGCUACUCGAAUCCUCGUCGCUGAUCAAACAGGGAGCCGAAGCCAAAGUAUACACAGUCGAGCUCGUCAAAGCAACCGAAGGCCGCGCGGCGAUCACGGUUCUACUGAAGUACCGGUUCCCGAAGACCUACCGACAUCCGAGCCUAGACAGCCAACUAACGAAGAACAGACUGACGUUCGAAGCCCGAUCCUUGACGCGCGCGCUGAAGACAGGCGUCCGGGUGCCGGUUCUGAAAGGGCUCGACCUGGAGCAAGGCUGGCUGAUGCUCGAAUGGAUCGAGGGGAUCAGUCUUCGGGAAUGGCUCCACGUCCACCAACAGCACGCGCAAUCGCGGGAGGAAAUGAACGGUCUGUUGGCCGACGUCGGCGCGCAGAUCGCCAAGCUACAUUCCGCCGACAUCAUCCACGGCGACCUGACGACCUCGAACAUGAUGCUGCGGAAGGCCAAGACGGACACUGCUGGCCAAGAGGUGGUGAUGAUCGACUUCGGCCUCUCCUCGGUAACCGCGUUGGUCGAAGACAAGGCCGUCGAUCUUUACGUACUCGAACGCGCCUUCCUCUCCACCCACUCCGACCCAAACAACACUCUCCUCAAACACUCCUCCCCCCUCUUCGAGAUCGUCCUCCAGGCUUAUGCUAGCUGCUUGCCACAACACGUUUGGAAGGCCGUCCAAGCACGGCUGGCUAACGUCCGCAUGCGUGGUCGAAAACGCAGCAUGGUCGGCUGA